GCGCCAAAUUGAGAACAGAGAUCGGCAGAUAUCUCAUUCGGAAUCUGGAAUUGGAGGAAAAGAAUUGUAGUAAUGGCUUCAUCAAUAGUAUCACUACCCUUCGUAUUCCAAUCUCCUCGUUCCACUUUCUCUGCUCUUCCGAAGCUGUCUGCAUCCAAAACCCCAGUGAGACAAAACAAGGCAUUUCUACUCAAGAGAGGCCCCGGUUUUCGUCUCCCUUUUUCGUUAACCCUGUCCAAGGGAAUUCUAGGGUUUCCGAAUACGAGGACAUAUCCAGUUCCGGAGAGGGGGCUUUAUGCCAUCUGCUUUUGCAACCCAAAAGAAGAAUCCAAGAGUAAUUUCAAAGGAAAGGAAACUGGAUUGGACUGGCCAAUCCUCAAGCGGUGGGAUGUGCCUUGGAAAUGGCAAACGGUUUCCCUCACCAUGUUUGCAUGUGGGAUAAGUAUUGCUUUGACAGGAUUAGUAGAGACAGCGGUUUUACCAUAUCUAGGAUUGCAGCUUGGAGAGCUAAGUGUAGAUGAGAAGGCAGAACUACUUUUUGUGAAUCAGGCCAUUGUGACUUUGAUCGUACUUGGAGUUAUAUAUGGCUUCACAAGCACCUUUCAGCCUCUUCCGGAUGACAUUUUUUGCUGGGAUCAGAAGGAACCUUUCAGUCUACGGAAGGGUUGGCUUUUAUGGGCAGGAGUUGGUCUUGCUGGUGCUCUUCUUGCUAUUGCACUAACAGGAGCUGCCAUGACCUUCUUUAGCGGCGAGAGCCCACAAAGAGAGAAAGAUGCUCUCAUUCGCUUGCUACCAUUGAUUGGCUCAUCAAGUGUCAGCACUGCUUGCCUAGUAGGAAUAACAGGUGUUUUGGCUCCACUUCUUGAGGAGACUGUGUUCCGAGGGUUUCUGAUGGUGUCCCUGACUAAGUGGUUUCCAACACCAAUUUCUGUGCUUUUAACCGCUGCAUUAUUUGCCAUUGCCCAUCUCACUCCUAGAGAGUUUCCUCAGCUGUUUGUGCUAGGGACUGCAUUGGGAUUCUCCUAUGCACAAACUCGCAAUCUUCUAACGCCCAUCACCAUACAUGCACUCUGGAACUCGGGAGUGAUUCUGAUUCUCACCAUUCUUCAGCUACAAGGAUAUGAUAUCAGGGAACUGUUGCAAGCAUACUGAAGGAUUUGAGUCUUCGUAAUAAUUGACUUCUUGAGUUUCAUUCUCAUUGUUUGGCAAGGAGAUCGAUUUAUUUAUUGGCAAGAAAGGAGCACCAGGAGAAUAACUGGUCUUAGGAAUGACAUAG